CCUAACAUAAUAUCUAUGUCCCAAUUGCUUCUGCAACUCUGAAACACUAACAACAAACCACUUCAAGACAAAACAAGGCCUCAUAAUAUCCACACCUUCUUUUUCUGUCACAAAAUUUUAGUCUCUUAUUUUGUGCUCUCAAAUAGUAUGAAGAAAAACUCCAACCAUUGCAGUUGGAAAACAUCACAAUUCACAAGCUCGUCUUCAUCCUACAAAGUCUUAGAUACUAUUCAGUGUUCAGUAACCAAAGAGAUGCUUCUCUGAGAGCCUUUAUCUAGUGGGAUUCCUGACAGAUAUUGCCAUAACUCAAAAAGGUUAAGCUCCUUCUUUAUUUCUUGUUGAUAAGAGAAAAAAAUAAUUCACAACUUUUCUUGCUUGCUUCAGUAGCAGUACACUUCUCUGACAAGCAUCCAAAUUCUUUGUCCUCAACACUCAAGUAAGUAACCAUCCAGUACAAGGAGUGUUACACCACAGAUACGUCCGAGAUGUUUCGGCUCUAUUUUAUUCAAAAUUUCCAAUCUCAUUUCUCCAACCUUUUCAAGAGGCAGAGAUAGAUACUUCAGCUGAAAUCAAAAGGGUACAAGAAUUCCAGAGUUUAACACUUGAAUUGUUGCUGUUUUUGAUGAGGUCGACACAGAUAAUGGCUCUUCAUCACCGCUUUUUGCUCGACACAAAUUCAAGCACGCCUGCACCAAGUAACGUGAAUAGGACAAGAGAGGCUUUCACAGGAGAUGCAAAUUUUGACACCAAUAUGGUGAUUAUCUUGGCUGCGCUGCUUUGUGCGCUUAUAUGUGCUUUGGGACUCAACUCAAUUGUGCGAUGUGCUCUAAGAUGUAGCCGCAGGUUUGCUUUCGAGACCCCAGAAGAGACUGCAGCACGUUUGGUGGCAAAAGGCCUAAAGAAGAGUGCAUUGCAUCAGAUCCCUAUAGUUGUUUAUGGUUCGGGUAGUGUUGGUAUUGCAGCCACAGAUUGUCCGAUUUGCCUUGGGGAGUUUCUGGAUGGGGAGAAAGUAAGAGUGUUGCCAAAAUGUAACCAUGGAUUCCAUGUAAGGUGCAUAGAUACAUGGCUCCUCUCACACUCCUCUUGUCCUAAUUGCAGGCAAUCUUUGCUUGAGCAACCCACCAUUUCUGGAGCUGUUGCUGCAGGAAAUAGUAACUAUGCCGGGAAUGCUUCUGCAGCAGGACAGGAACAUGUGUCUUUAGCAGUGGCUGUGGAAGAGGUUGGUUAAUCACAAACUUAGCCCUCCACCAAGGAACGGAUGAAUAAAUGAAGACUAGUUCGUUUAAUUUGGAACCUGUUUUUCAUGUUUACUGUGCAUCUGUGUACUACUAUGAAAAUUUGAAGAUAUUGGGGUAGAUAUUAGUGUGGGAACAGUGCCUGUUUGGAUUAUUAUGGUUUUAGAUCUCACACUGUGUUUGUGCAUGUUUUUCUGGCAUGAAAACUAGUGCUGAAUCUCAAAUGCUUGUUGUCUGCAAAUAGAUUGAAAAACAAGAAAUGCACACAUGUUUGGACA